AUGGCAGCUCCCCCGAAGACGGUCUUGAUUACAGGCUGCAGCACCGGCGGCAUCGGCUGGGCCAUGGCCAAGAGCUUUCAACAACGAGGGUUCUAUGUCUUCGCCACAGCACGCGAUCCGUCUAAGGCCGCUGACCUCGCCGAGCUUGAAAACGUCGAGGUCCUGGAGCUAGACGUGACCAUCCCAACGACCAUCGCACAGUGUAAGGAGAUAGUCACAAAACGAAUAGAUGGGAGCCUCGAUAUCUUAGUGAAUAAUGCCGGCGCCGAAUUCAACUGCCCACUACUAGACACCGACAUCGCCGAGGCAAAAAGGCUUUACGACGUCAACGUCUGGGGCCCUCUUGCUAUGGUCCAGGCAUUUGCCCCCCUGCUUAUCGAGGCCAAGGGAGUUGUUUUCAACCAGAGCUCCAUCGAUGGGGCUCUUAACAUGGUGUGGGCGGGCAUAUUUGCCAGUUCCAAAUCCGCCGUGGCGCGUAUGUCGGAAACCCUGCGAGUCGAGCUCGAGCCACUGGGCGUUCGCGUCGUGACAUCCAUAUGCGGAUCUGUCAACACGCCCAUGUUCAGUAAGCCUGGUGGUCCUAUGGAACUGCCCGAGGCAUCGUACUACCAUGGAGUCCAGGACACGGCUUGGAAGGAGCGGAUGGAUCACCAACGCCAGGCCACGGACGUCAAUGUGCUCGCCGGGAAGCUGGUUCAGGAUAUCCUCAGCGGUAAAAGGGGCGUCAUCUGGCGCGGGGCAUUUUCUCCAUCAGUGCGGUGGGCUAGCUGGUUGAAUCUCAAGUGGCUGGUGGAUAGAUUGAUCAACUCGGCACGAGGCUUGAGUCAGGUCAAACUCAAGCAUUGCUAG